GCCUGGCCAAUCUCCACAUGCGGCAGAACGUCUCGAAGCGGGAGAGGGAGGAAGGCGCGCAGCAAUUGGGGGAUCCACGUCACGUGACCAGAAGAAGAGCAGAGGAGGGAGGGGUUGUGGCAGCCCCACGCGCUGUGGGGAUGGCCCGGGCCGGCCCCGCCCGCGCUCCGUGCGCAUUCGGGCGGCUGCUGGGGCCGGCCUUCGGCGCGGCUGCCCCAGAGCUGCUGGAGGCGGCGCUACUGCGCCUGGCGGCCGACAAUGAGCGGCGUCUGCGUGACCUACCGGCAGCGGCGGGGUGCUUCCGCGAGCCGCGCGCCACGGAACUGAUCUUCCUUCUAGCGGAGAAGUGGCGCCUGGACCCCCCUGCCCGCUACCAGGCGGCGGAGAUAUUCGACAGGUUUAUGAUUAAGCAGGUACAAGAGAUGUAUAAUUCCACCAAAGAGUCAGGGGAAAGCAGUGAACAAGGAUACAGCCACAGCUGGAAUUCUUUGAAAGCACAGAUGCACAACACGUUUAUGCUGCGUCUUGCGUCUUGCAUCCAGCUUGCAAGCAAACUUUCCUUCCACUACAGCAUAGUUAACAAUAACAUGGUUCUGAAAUUUCUGCAGUCUUUAGACUAUUCAUUCACUAAACAGGAAUUGCUGGAGUCAGAACUUGCCGUUUUGAAGGGUCUGCACUUCCAGAUCAAUGUGCCAACUCCUUUGGCCUAUGUUGAGUUGCUCCUGGAAGUCUUGGGACAUAAUGGCUGUUUACUGUCUUUAAAACAAUUGCAUGAAAUGUGUGUGCAUCUGCUGGAUUUAACUUACCUCAUGCGUGAUGUUAUCUACAAUACAUUGCUAAAGACUUCUAUUGAAAAUUCAACGCCAAAUGAACUCCAGAUAGCAAAGUUUUUAUCAGUAAAAGAAGAUUUUAUGCUCUUGGCAGCUGGAAUUAUUGGAACAAGUGCUUUCAUACUAAACCCUGAACACUGGAAUCAGUGUUCUCAAAGCCAGCAUGUUACUGGAAAGGAUCCAUCCUUCAUCAUACCAAACAAGGAACUUGGUAACUCCUUUCUGAUGAGCUACAGUGGUUGUGUAACAGCCCCUGCAGACUGUCCCCUACCUCUCUUACAGAGAGAGCGUAGCAGUGUCAUUUGGGACAAAGAGUUUUCUUAUUCUUAAAGAAAAAAUAGCAGCUAGAUUUUGUAAAUUUGCAGGCUUAGGUGUCCUUUGAAGAAGUUAGCAACAACUCUAUACUUGGAUUGCCAAGGCCACUCAUAGAAAAGACUCCAGCAUGGUUUGGGAAUAUACAAAAUGCUCAUGAUAAAUCCUCUAAUAAAACCUUUGCAAACAAGGCUAUAUUUUCCUCCUGUAUAGUAGCUGUUGUGGAGUAACAGCUCUCAACAUCCUGCAGCAGGGGUUCUUAACCUCUGGCAUGCAGAGCAGUGUGAUCUGGCCCACAGGGCUCUGGAAAUUAUUUGGGAAGGGUAGGAGCCAGAAGCAGUGGCAAUGAAUAGAGCUAGUGCUCUCCUACUGAAUUCUCAUGCCCCACAGGCCAGAUGAUAUCACUUUGUGCACAGGAUCCCACCGGCAUGCAAGGAACCAGGGGAGGGGCAACAAGGCUGAAGGUGGACUCAGUCCAAUUUGGUGUGCAUAGGACCAGGGCGAUGAGCCAAAGCAUACCCAGAGACUGGUCAAGACCCAUCCCACACCAUGCAUAAGGCCUAGAGCCCCAAAAGGUUGGGCACUAUUGUCCUAGGAUCUUCAGUACUAGAUACCCCACUAAUCCAGUUAUCUGUCCCCACAGAGAAUUCAGGUAGACACUGUUGAAGGAGAAGUUCAAGUCAAACAUAGCACUGCUUGCCUUGAGGCAGAUGCAAACUUCAUUUGGUUUGGAGACUGUUUGAUAUAUCCAUCUCAGUGCAGAGGAAUGUUAUGCUGCAGUUAGUGUUUUCAUUCAGUGAACACUCCUUGUCUAGAAUACAAAGUGUUUUAUUACAGUGUUCAGUGCACCUUUGUGCAGUAACAGACUGCAAGAAAUACUGGAUAGAAACACUUAAAUAUUAUAGCAACAUUUUAAAUAGUAUCAAACCCUAGUAAAUUUGAAUGGCACCAAGUUAAGUGCGCAUCUGUAUCUGAUUUAAAGAAAAAAUAAAUAUGUUCAAGCUUUAAGGUGACCAGGCAAAAUGCCUAUAAGUUUUUACCCACUGUAUUCUUAGUACUUCAUUUUCCUAAGAUACAAUUCGUUUAAAAGUUGCAAUGGUAUUAAAUAUCCACUUGUACAGUAAAAUAAGUUUUGACAUACAUAAAACCACAAUAUACAUAAAAGCUAAAUAGCUACUUCAUGAACAGCUUAAUUUUAUUCUGUUCCACUUAACAGCAUAACUUUACAUAUUGCUUUUCUACAUAUUACUUGUGGUAUGAAAUUUUAAAUAAAGUGUCUUGUGGAUUUUUGGUAUUGUAAA